CUAUAUAUAUCACUAAUUUCAUGUAGGAUAUUAUAUAUGUGACCAAUAGUAUUACGUAAGUUUGUGUAUCUUGUAUAUUUAAAGUCUAUUUGAUGUUGAUGCAUAAGAGAUUUUUUGUAUGUAAUUGAUGAACAUAAUUUUCAAGCAUAUGUUUGUCUACUGAGCUGAAGACCAAGUAUAAGGUUCUAAUUAUCACUAUCGCAGAACUCCAGCUAGUAACAGGUUCAAUCUUUCAAUGUUGUUCUUGUCUAGAUCUGGAGUUUUAGUAAUGCGAUGGAACUCUCAGCCAUCCAGAGAAUCUGAUGAUAAAGUAAUGAUUUACUUGUACAAUAUACAUGGAUACGUAAUAGGCCCCAGACUGCUAACACUAAUGCAAAUGUCCAAUUUUUAUUGCCAUUUAUGUGGUUUCAAACUGAUUGGACUUUGGUGUCAUUGGUGGAAGUGGUGUGGCCAUACAACAUACUUCAUCACACAUACGCAAUGGAAGUUACUAUAGAAGAGACAGCUAUGGAAAUUACAGCUUCAAAAGAUAGUGAAACUAAUCAAAAUCAAAGUAUGUUGGAUGGCAGGGCGAUUUCUUACCCACAACGCGAGAAUCAAAAUUGGGAUUCAAAGUCAACAGAAGAUCACAGUAUUAAGUCUUUUGGUACACCAGAUGAUAGUCAUGGUAGUGAUACUAUGGAUGGAGAAAAUAUAUGCAUCAACAAAGACAUUUUACGCAAUGGUUUAUACCAAGAAACUCCAGAACUUAACAUAAAUGUGAAUACUACUUCCGAUGAUUUACGACAAUUUGAUGUGCUGGACGAUUUAGAUCGUCAUCCAGAUCAAAAUGAUGGUUCUGAUGAUGAUUCAGAUACAGAUGAAAGUAUGGAUUCUGAUGUACCAGAUGAAGAAAUUGAAGCAAUGCUAGAAGAAGGUCUGCCCGAGGAAUUUAGAGGAAAAAGAAGAGACAAGAAAGAUAGUUUACCCUAUGAGGAGAAAGAGAAACUUGUUUUAGAUGAAAUUGGACAUAAUCAUUUUGACGUUCUCCCUGAGGGUUGGGUACAAGUGACACACAAUAGCGGAAUGCCAUUGUAUCUUCAUAAGCAAAGCAGAGUUUGUACUUUAGCAAAACCGUAUUUUCUUGGUCCGGGAAGCGUCAGGAAACACGAAGUUCCUGUAAGUGCCAUACCUUGUCUGCAGUACAAAAGAGCGUUAAUAGAAGAACAAGAGGAGCAAAAGAAGGAGAUGGAACGUGUACCAAACGCCGAAACCUGUAGUCUUCCCAGCGCAAAAAUUGAAACCAUACAAGAGAAUCGUGCGGCUCAUUCGUUAGAUAGCGAGCAAUUGAGAAACUAUUGUCAAUCUUUGUUUCGUUUUAAAUCUAUCAAAGUAAUGAGGUUUCAAUCUUGGUCAGCACGUCGAAAAUUUACAAAGAAUAAAAAACAUCGUAAGCAACUUGAGCGUCCAACUUUACCAGAUGGUACAAAAUUAAUAACUUUCCCUGUCAGUAGUUCCAGUACAACUGGGAGUGGAAAUGCUACUGGAGAUGAUAAUGGGCAGAGACCUGCAAAACACUGGAUAAUGAAUCCAUCUGGCAAAAGUUAUGUCUGUAUUCUUCACGAAUACGUGCAACACGCGUUAAAGAAGCAACCGACAUAUAAAUUUAAAGAAUUAGAAAAUGCGGCAACACCAUAUUCCGCGGUAGUUUGUAUUAAUGAUAUGGAAUACGGAAGCGGAUUCGGUAGCAGUAAGAAACAAGCAAAGGCGAACGCGGCUCGGAAGACGCUCGAAAUCUUAAUUCCUCAAAUGAAGGAUAAAAUUUCUGGCGAUAACAGCGGAGAGAAUGGAUCAAAUAAUGCUAGUCGUACGAUAAAAGCGUCUAGAGGGAAUUCUGAUGCGGAUCUCUCGUUCUUCGAUGAAAUAUCUAUCACAGAUCCGCGUGUCGCGGAAUUUUGUGCGAAAACCACAGAGCCCUCACCACAUGCUAUCUUAAUAACUUGCCUUCAAAGAAAUUAUGGUUUGGGAGAUAUGCAUAUUAAUUAUUCAGUAAAUACAUUGAAGCAUCAACGAAAUGAAUUUACAAUGACAGUUGGAAAACAUGAAGCUACUGUCGUUUGCCGUAAUAAGAAAGAUGGUAAACAGCGAGCAGCACAAGCGAUACUACAACUUAUACAUCCACACAUUCAAUCUUGGGGUUCCUUGUUGCGUCUUUACGGAUCACGAAGUGUAAAGUCUUUUAAGGAAAAGAAGCAAUUGGAACAAGAAAUAACCCUUUUGCAGAAUAAAGCCGCCGUUAAUCAACCGAAUCAUGCUAUUUUAGAUAAACUUAGGCAAGAAAUGAAAAAAUUAGCCGAACAACGCGAAGCAAUACAACCUAUUGGUAAGUUUGUACCACCAGAUUUACCAACAGGAUCCGCAGCUAAUUUGAAUAAUGUAGAUUUAUAAAAAAUUAAUCUGGGGAUUUUUGUAAAACAGAAUAUCAGUAAGAAAAACAUUCUAUAUACGAAAAAGAUGUAAGAUAUGUAUAAUGCUUUUUAGAAAUUAUAUACAUUCCCAGCAAACACCGAUAUAUAAUUGUUA